AUGGAUGACGAAGAAAAGAAGACGACUCCAGAGAAGACACCGACGCUCGGAGACCGGAUCAUGGUGACGCAAGAAGCCUGGUUGGCGCUCCUGCUGAAUGGAUGGAAGACCAUGGAAGUCCGCAGCAGUCCGGCGCCGCCAGGACCCAUCUGGCUGGGCUACGCCGGCCGCUUAUACGGCUCCGCAACAAUUAGCGAGUGCCGGAAGCUGGCACCGGAGGAUUUCGAAAGCACCAGGGAUCAGCACCGGCACGUGGGCCGAAUCAACCAGGACGACACGCUGUACGGCUUGCUGCUGACGGACGUCGUCCCGCUAGCACAGCCAAGAGACUUCUACCGCCCCCCAACUUCAAAAUCCUGGGAGGUCUUCCGCAACGGGCCGGAAGAGAAAGCCCCCCGCAAAAAGAACCACAAAACGCCGGGGACCCUAGACAACGCCCUGCGAGAUCGGACAGAGGGCGGCGAAGGUGCAGAAGAUAAGGCCGUCGAACCAUCUCCAGGCGAGGCCAUGCCCCGCCGGAAGCGCCAACGCCGCGUGCCAGCUCUCCCACUUCCAUGA